UGGUACAACUUGUCUGUCAUUCGAUCUGUCAAUCACCCUGCUCUUUAGUUUAUGUGCGCCUUUGCUGAAUGAAGUCAAGUGUUUGUGUAAAUGAUUGUGAAACAAAGACUUUUAGACGAAAUAAAUGAGGCUCUGUAAAGAUUUACUUUUACACAUUACUCAUGAGUACGGAAGAGACUCUCUUGAAUCUCGAUUUCGACAAACCGAAUACAACACUUGCGCCGUCCAUCCCCGAUGACGGCGUGGUAUCUUUGUCCAGUAGUUCAGAGGAGAUUUGUUUAGUGCCAGAGGUCGGUUUCGAAGGCAACGUGGAUUCCCCGGGGGUCAAUCGGGAGUCGCAGCCGCUGCUGGGCGGCCGCGGUGACUUCGAGGUCUCAUUCAACCAUUUUCCAGAUGACCCACAGUUCAGUGAACUGGUGUGGCAGGCAGAGGUGGCUAUUGAUAAUGGCAUCUUCCCGGAGAGGAUAUACCAAGGAUCCAGUGGGUCAUACUUCGUCAAAAAUCCUGGAGGGAAAAUAAUCGGCGUGUUCAAACCAAAAGACGAGGAGCCGUACGGGCGUCUAAAUCCAAAAUGGACGAAGUGGAUGCACAAGCUGUGCUGCCCCUGUUGCUUCGGGCGCUCCUGCCUCAUCCCCAACCAGGGAUACUUGUCAGAGGCGGGCGCAAGCCUGGUAGACUCCAAGAUCGGCCUCAAGAUCGUGCCAAAGACCCGGGUAGUGAAGCUAGUGUCGGAAACGUUCAACUACCUGCGGAUAGACCGCGAGCGUUCGCGGUUGAAGCGAGCAAUCACCGAGCAGUUCCCGAACUUGAGGUUCAACAGGAUGGGACUGCCGCCUAAGGUAGGAUCGUUCCAGCUGUUUGUGGAGGGGUAUAAAGACGCGGACUACUGGCUGCGAAGAUUCGAGCAGGACCCGCCCCCUCCUCACGUCAUGAGAAAGUUCCAGCUACAGUUUGAAAGGCUCGUGGUAUUGGACUACAUCACACGCAACACGGACCGCGGCAACGACAACUGGCUGAUCAAAUACGACGCGCCCAGCGCGCGCGGGGACGCCGUCGCCAUGUUGGAACCCUCGGAGUGGCAAGGCGCAGAGGUGCGGAUCGCGGCCAUCGACAAUGGCCUGGCCUUCCCUUUCAAGCAUCCCGACUCGUGGCGUGCCUACCCCUACCACUGGGCCUGGCUGCCGCAGGCCAAGCGGCCCUUCAGCCACGACACCAAGGAGCUGGUUCUUCCGUUACUAUCAGACAUGAACUUCGUGCAGGAGCUAUGUGAUGAGCUACAUGUAUUAUUCAAACAAGACCGCGGCUUCGACAAGGGCCUGUUCGAGCGGCAGAUGUCGGUGAUGCGCGGACAAGUGCUCAACCUCACGCAGGCGCUCAAAGACGGCAAGAGUCCCGUGCAACUUGUACAGAUGCCCGCCGUCAUCGUCGAGAGGUCCAAAAGCGGCACGACAUCGUCGCGGUUCUUCGACUCGUUCCAGCAGCGCUUCCAGCACAAGUCGCCCUUCUUCUCCUGGUGGUGAACCACAAGACUCCUCCGCCAGAUAACAGACACAGUGUAGUUCAGCGGCGACUAUGGUAAAUAGUAAACAAUUGUAUGUAUAUGUAUGUAUGAUGUAGAUUAGUGCAUUUUAAAAUUAUUAUAAUGUAAAAACUGCUGGAAAUGUAGUGCGUAAAAGGAAAAGUAAUGUGAUAUUUUUCUUCAGUCAAUAUUAAUUAUUUUUAUUUUAAAUCAAAUACAGUUUACAAAAAAAAAUGUUAAGUAUAUGUUAACAUGUUCCAGUUCCUACUAAGGUUACUGUUAAAAUAUUAAUAUAUGUAUCAGUAUACGCUAGUCACUACUAGACUUAGCUAGUGUCACGCACAUUCCAUAGAAUUCUAGUUACGAAAGUACCCACAAUAGUGGCGCUAGUAUCUCUAUAGAAAACAUCUGUCAAUAUUCUUGUCAAAGCAGAUUGCAGACCAAGAGAUAAACUAAGCUUUAAUAUAAGCCAGCAAGGUACAAAAUAAUAUUGCAUACCUGUUUAUAAUCUUGUCCUUACAACUCGUCACGAGUGUGAGGGAGAAGGAACAUCACAUUACUUUUGUUCGUACGCCGUUUAUAUUAAUUUGUGACGUUACCCAUAUAACUAUUUGCUUUAGACUCUGUUAUUUUUAUACACUAUUUUGUAAUUACGUUUUUAUCAUUUUCUCAUUACCUAAGUGUUGUUAUUCCAUCGAAAUAUAACGAAAUUUAUGAAAAUAGUCCGGUUUGGGACUAGUGUAGUGUUUGAUCGGACUAAACUAGUCGAAUUCGUACGGAGAUGGUUCAACUAAUUUUGCUAGUUUGAAAAAUAAUUUGAAGUGUCUAGUUCAUAGCAGGCGUAAGUUAUAGAUCAUUUCAUCCACGAAUACGCGCCCCACCGAUUUUUGGACCGUGUGCACUCAUGGAUGAUUUAGCGUGUACCGGUAACACUCAAACAUUAACGGAAGAAUGGUGGGGCGCGUCUUCGUGGAUGAAACGAUCUAUACGUUUCGAUACGAACUGACAACUGACAGCUGUCAAAUUGGAUGGAAACAAAGUCGCGCAGCUGUAAAGUCAUGACUAAAAUACAUUACCGUCAUAGAAAAAUAUACUAACGAAUACGAAUGAUACUAAAUUCUAAAAAUCUAAAGAAACUAGAAUUGUAUCACACUUGUGAACAUUUAAAAUCUAAUCAAGUAUAAGUUUUCUCUAUUAUGAGUCGCGUUGAUUAUAAGCGACUAUAAAUGCAUGAAGUGAUAAGAAACUGUCGUCUUAAUAACGAUGACUUUUCAAUAAGACAUUUAAAAAUACCUCAACAUUAUUCAAUCACAUUCUAUAGUUUCUAAGACGACGAACAAAACUUGAUUCAAACUCAAGUUAGUAUUUUCAGUGAUUGGUUGAAUUUCAUAGACCAAUCAUAGACUUGAAACUUAUCUUGAGUUUAAAUCGAGCUUUGUAUGUCAUUUCACAAUAACUUUGCAAAACAUGAGGCGUUUUAAUAUUAUUUAAAAUCCUGGAUUUAGGUAAAAUCAACAGGAUUCUUUAAACGGCACGGUUUUAAUAUCGUGUAAAGAGAACGGUCUAGCUAGGACAUUGGUUUAUUUGUUAAAUAGGUUUUCGAUUUGGCUGUUAUAUCCCGUUUGGUAGUCAUUUUUAUUUGUUUUUUACGUACUAGUAGAACUAGUCCUGAAAGAUAUUGUUUUGUCUUGAACUUUUUGAAGUUGGUUCAAAGAUUUUUUGCAACGCAGGCAUUUUAUUGACUUCACUAAAUAUUUACCCUACUUUAAACUAAAUUUUCUUUAAUAUUUGAGGUUGGACAAUGCCUUUCAGAACUAGCAUUAAUGUAGUCCUAUGCCUUACUCUUAAUGCAGGGUUUCCACAGCGGACCUAAGAAUGUUCUAGAAGGAAUAAGCAGUAAACUUUAGGAGUGAAAUUUGGGACCCAAUAUCAAAAUUGAUGGGUAAUAAUGGAGCGAAUAUUAGAUAGAAGAUUGAAGAAUUAUAUUUUAUUCGAGGUUUUAUUUUAUUAUUUGCUCACAUUUAAAGUUUAGCGGGUUCGAUUUCAUUUGAAAAUUUAACGAAAACUUCUUACGAAAACGUCAGCACCAUGCUGACAAAUACAAAGCCAAUACAAAUACUGAUACUUACACAAUUGGGAAGCUAAGAUAUGAAAUAGGAAAAUUCCCAAAUACUAAUCUUCAAAUUCCAUAAUGAGGGCUAGCGUAUUUAUGUUCACCAGUUGGCGCCUUUGUCGAGUAAGACCAUGUCCCUAGCUAGUAGACAAGACAAUGGCGUCAAAUGGUGAGCGCAAACACGGUAGCCUCCCGUAGAAGCUGUUAGGACUAUCGCAUUUUCACUCGACUAAAGUCUGUUCGCCGAGAGUUGAUAAAUAUUAUGAAAUGUCUUGCAAUAACGACUGUCGCUUAAUUAUCGCAUUCUGUAUGGUACGAGCCACGCAGCUGUCGUCAGCGCCCCGGCCGGCGGGCCGUAAUGUUAAAACGCAAUGUGUGAAACGGAAUAGAUUUAUUUUACAUAAGAUCGAAAUGAAUGGUAUGACAGUGGGUAGGGCUUUGCCCAACAUUGGGAUACACUAUAAGCCACUUGAUGAUAAUGAAAUACUUUUUAUCCAACACAUGGACGGCACGUGUUUGAUCCGUAUCCCCACGUAUGCCCUAACCGGAAUAAUUCCCGUUUUAAAAGAGAUAAUAAUGAUAAUCUACCAACUUUUUCAUUAUAUCGACAAAAAUAAUUAGCGGGCCGCAAUUUAUAAUGAGUUUAGAACCUCUGAUAUUUAAUUUUUUUUAUCAACUCUCGGCGAACAGACUUUAGUUGGGGCCACUAUCGAGUAAGGUCACUCAUCAGUGGCGCCAACUAGUGAACGAAAUAUGAUACCUUUCAUUCUGUCGAUUACAAUUUGGUAACCGAGCUUUACUAUCUUUGCCUCUUCAGAUUUUUUAUUUCACAAUGAAAGUUUCUUAGGAUGGUUUUAUGAAAAGAAUGGCGGUUUAACUUACAGAACGAUUACUAAGACACGGUAAAUCAAUUAUUAGAUUUGGUAAUAGGAUUACAAUAUUACCAAAAAUCUUGUGAAGUGUGUCCGAGUUAAGUAAUAUAAUUAUCUACCAAUAAUAUUGAUAUAAAUAGAAAUGUUAAUUUGUAUAUUGGAAUCCUUGUAACAAUCGGUUGAUAACAAAAUCAAUAAUAGAGACAUGCUCCAUUCUAAUUUCCUUAUAAUUUAAACUUUAUUUCAUUUACCUAACAUGGAGAUAUUGCCAAAAUGCCAAAUAAUAAUAAUACUCGCUAUGAUUCGUGAGAUCAAAAUUGUAAUAACAAAUUGAAUAUUUUAUUUACCUUACCCAUUUUUAUUAGAUGUUUUAUUUACAAGCUGAUAACUAUCAAGUAUUUAUAAUCACAAUAAUAUAGGAUGUUCCUUGUUUAGAUUAAAUAUUUGAUAAUUUGUAAAUAUGGAAUAUUUAAUUCAGUCGUACUGAACACCUUUUUCUUGCUUGAGUCGUUCGUUGUUUUAGGUUGGUAUUAGAAAGCGCGUGCGCCGAUUCACAUAAAUAAUAGAAUAUACAAUUUUGUUGAAAAAUAGCAUCUAAUUGCUUCUACAUAAGGUUUAUUUCCACAUGCCUAAAGCAACGGAUGAUUUAAGCGUCCAAUAGACAACUUAUUAUAUGGAUUUUCUAAAGGUGAAGUGCCUAUUAUAUUUUGAUGGACGAAUACUUAUACAAUUAUUGUUUAAGUGAACUUAAUAUCACUAGUAGAGGUCACUCAGCACUAGUGCUUACGUUAGACGAUGUAUAUCGUAUAGUACAAUCCUGUGUUAACUUCAGAAUGUUUUGUACAACAAUCGAGAUACCAACUUAGUUACAAAUGAAGGCAUAUUAUUGUAAUGAUCAAGUAGUUAAUUGUGAGCUUGGGCGGCUAUAUGAAAACUUUCCUUUUAUUUUUAGGCCUAAUAGAAUUAAAUGCACAGGUCAGGCACCUACUUGUAUUUUUUUAUAUAGGCCAGUUUAUUUAGUGGAUAUUUACUUUUUUUAAUAGCGAAGUGGAGUUCCAAUGCCGUGACUUGUGCGUCACUGCGGUCUAACAUACAGUCAGCGCCAUCUCUUGAGUUCGCUCGGAACUAAGUGACCAAAAUGGGUCAAGUCGCUAGUUUUAUUAUAGAGGCAACAAAAUACGUGUACCUAUCACUUAAUUAGUACUUGAUUUUAAGCACAUAAAUACUUCUAAGUUUCAUAUAGUCGCGCCAAGUUAUAAAUAAAUCUGUUUAUAUGUAUAAUUAUUGUGAGAAGUUUGAAUGAUGAUGGAAAGGUUGUUUCGGCAAUUUAUACGAAGGAAUAUAUUUUUAGUUUUUUGAAGCUACAUUACUUUGGCAGCUAUAAAUAUCUUGUAAUUUAGCAAUUACAGUGCCCAUGGUCCUUUGUGGAAAUUGUCGAAAUUGAUUAAAUAUGAAUUCCAUGUUUGUACAUAGUUUUAACAUUUUUGUUCAAUGGUUAUUUCAUGUUUAUAUGCAUUAUUUAAUUUUGGAGAAAAUAUAAUCACCAUUGCAUUUUA